AUGACUAUGGCAAGAUACAGGCCUACGUGGGACUUGGCGCUCGAUCCCUUGGUGUCUUGUAAACUCUGUCUUGGGGAAUAUCCUUUGGAGCAGAUGACAACAAUAGCCCAGUGCCAAUGCAUCUUCUGUACCCUGUGCCUGAAACAGUAUGUUGAGUUGUUGAUCAAAGAAGGACUAGAAACUGCAAUUAGCUGCCCAGAUGCAGCUUGUCCAAAACGAGGUCAUCUACAAGAGAAUGAGAUUGAAUGUAUGGUUGCCUCAGAAAUUAUGCAAAGAUAUAAAAAGCUGCAGUUUGAAAGAGAAGUUUUGUUGGAUCCCUGCCGGACGUGGUGCCCAUCUUCUACCUGCCAGGCUGUUUGCCAACUUCAGGAUAUGGGGCCACAAACACCACAGCUGGUGCAGUGUAAGGCGUGUAACAUGGAAUUCUGUUCUUCUUGCAAAGCCAACUGGCACCCCGGACAAGGUUGUCAAGAAAAUAUGCCAGUCACGUUCCUCCCAGGAGAAACAAGCUCAUCUUUCAAAAUAGAUGAGGAAGAUGCACCAAUCAAACGUUGUCCAAAGUGCCGAGUGUACAUUGAACGGGAUGAAGGCUGUGCCCAAAUGAUGUGCAAAAACUGCAAACAUGCAUUCUGCUGGUACUGCCUUGAGUCUUUAGAUGAUGACUUCCUCUUAAUACAUUAUGAUAAAGGACCUUGUCGGAACAAACUUGGCCAUUCUAGGGCAUCUGUGAUCUGGCACAGAACGCAGGUGGCUUUAACUGGUGUUGAGAUUUCCAUAGAAGGUACCAGCAGAAUCCAGGUUGGCAAUGAGAUCGUAUACAGUUUGGGAAAGAAGUCAGAAAAUCCACAUAGGAUCCUAAGGUUUAAAAGGACUUUAAAGAAUCAUCAGUUUCACCCUAUGCUCCUGACUUCCAGAUCAUAA